AUGGCCUCCACGGCAUUCGCCACCGCCAAGUUCUUCUCGGCCCACCUCGACUCCUCCCCGCGGAUCGCCCCCCACCGCGCCACGCCCACCGCGAAUCUCACCUUCUCACCGCUUUCCGCCAACUCCUCGUCCAUGCUCCGCCUCCGGUCCCUGUGCCCGUCCGGCCCGGGGGGUAGGCUGCCCCCGCCCCCACCGCCUCGAUCGUACGGCGUCGCCGGCGGAUCUGGCAACGCCGUGGACUCCGAAGGCGGACGCCGCGGGGGCAUCCUCGGGCUCUUCCUCGCCGGUUGGGCCGCCUGCGUCGCCGCAGACCCGCAGUUCCCUUUCAAGGUGCUCAUGGAGGAGCUCGCCGGCGUCACCGCUUGCGUGCUCGGCGACAUGGCCUCCCGCCCCAACUUCGGCCUCAACGAGCUUGACUUCGUCUUCUCCACCCCCGGCCCCGGCGCCCGCACGGCCGGCUCCGCCUCCGGCCCCCCGCCCUGGCGCACGCGGGGCUCCCUGGCCCCGCGCAUGGUGGAGGACGGACGAAGACGACCGAUGGAGGAAACGAAGAAGGGCACGGUCAAGAAGCAACGUGAGGGUAUUUGGGACUUUUUUCAACGUAGAUUGAUACCGUUAGAUGAAAAAGUGGAUGAAAUGGCUUCGGAGGCAAAAAAAAAAAUAUCAUAA